AUGCCUAAACCAAGUCGAUCAGCCUUUUAUUUUUAUGCUCUUGAUUAUCAACGUCGUAUCCAGCGUGGUAAUGGUCAACGAUUGAGUAUCAAUGAAGCAAUAACCGCAUGUUAUGAUGAUUGGAAAUUAUUGUCUGAAGAAGAAAAGGCACCGUUUAAGAUAUUAUAUGAAGAUUGGCGUAUUCAUUAUCGCUCUGAUCCUGAAUCGGCUGUUAGUUCUAGUCAACGUUAUUUACAAGCAAAAAAGGCUAUCAAACAAGAAAUAAAAACUGAAAGAAUUCUCAGUGAACGUGAUAUUCCAUGUGAAGAAUUAAAAAUUCAUUAUGAUCGUUUCAGUUUUGAAAGAGAUUAUUUAGCAUUUCAAUAUUUACCAUUAGAUAUCAAUGAAUUAUUAACAAUGCCAAUUUAUAUAAUUAAUUUUCAAACGUUUUGUAAAGUUGAUGAAGAAGACGGAGGGCAAUAUGUACCUGCAGAAAUGUGUAUUCUUCGUUAUACAUUAGCUGAAGGUCCAACAAUACUUCGACAAGCAUUUAUCAAACCAGAUAAAAUUCCAACUGGUUAUAUGUCGGCAUGUUUAGAGCAUUUGAAAGGAACCCAUGAAAUACCAUUAAAAGAUUUUGCUGAAGCAACAGAUAAUUAUACAAUGCUUUAUCAACAAUUAAAAUCAAUCUUAAUACCAAAUGCGGUAACGAAACCAAGUAAUUUAUCUGAAGAUGAUCGUGUACGUCGACGAUAUCUUCGUUCAAUACAACCAUGCAUUUUUUUCCCGGCUGUGGAGUAUGAACAAACAAGUAAAUUAUUUGAUUGGUUACAAGAAAAAGCUGAAGGAAUAAAACCAAAUAAAGAUACACGUCUUGUUAAUUUUGCAAGUGUCGAAUCAUUAAUUAUGUUAUUAGUUGAAUUAAAAAAACAACGCAUUUCACGAGAUGAUGUCAAUAAAACGUUUGAAAAUGCUGCCUACUCAUUUAUGAUUGAAGAGCGUUGUAAUUAUCAUUCACAAUUAGGUAUAAGUUACUGUUCAGUUGCACGAUGUUAUGCAUCUGCUAAACUUAUAUCAUCCUAUUUAAAUCAAUUAUAUGCACCGGAAAGGCCUGCAUCAACAUUGAUGACCGGAAAACGACCAGUAAGUUCAUUUGCAAUGAACUCAGAUGCAUCAUCAAUUGGCUCAAUGCAUAAUUUUUCUAAUCGAUUACAACAACAACAACAACAACCAGCAAUACUAGUCAGACCGCCAGUACGACCUCAAAUAAUCUCAAGUCAAUAUUCUUCAACUGGUACAACUGAUUCCAUUGCUUCUUCGUAUCGUCCAGUGGAUCCAAAGAAACAACCAGCUCCAUUACGAUCACCAACAUUUACUGACUCAUCAUCAUCAGCUAAAUUUUCCAUUGAAUCUCAACAGCAACAGGAAAUUCAAGUACCCGAUGAACUCAUUCAACAUCCAACUAUAAUGAAAUUACAAAAACAAAAUUUUCACCGUUUAUUAUCCAGCGCUACAUCGACAACUUCGUCAAUAUCGACAGCUAAACAACGAGUUAUACAAAUAAAUUUAGCUGGUAACAAUAGCCGAACGACAGCAACAAAUGUCGAAAUGCAAUCAACAGAACAGGCGUCAGAUACUCAACGAGCUGUUUUACAUCAACGUAAACAAGCAUUAAUGAAAGCAAUUCAAAGUAUAAACAAACAAAUGGAAGAGCUCGACAUGCAGUGA